AUGGAUUUAAAGGUUGAGAAAAAAAAAUAAGAUUUAUUAUUUUUUGUUUUUGAAUAAUUUGUUGAUGGUACCUGGUUAGAUUUAGAGGAUGAAAUCGAAGCUGUUGUUAAUAAACUGUUAGAUAGCAAUGCCUAAUAAUUAUAGGUUUUAAUGGAUGAGCUUAUAUCUUUAGGGUUAAAAAAAGAUAAAGUAAAAACUAUUAAAGAAGAAAUACAUAGAUUAUAGAAUGAUCAUUUAGAAAGUCCUUAAGAAAAAUUAAAAAAAGAAUAUAUUUUGCUUUGGCAAUUUCUGUAAGAAUUAGAAUAAAAGCAAUCACUUUAAAAAGAUAAUGUGCAAAAAAUAUUUUAAUAGCUUGUCAAGCUCAUACAAUAAAAUGAUAAUGAUAGAAAGAUCAAACUAUUUGUAAACUAAAUGAGCAUUUCUAGUUAAGAUAGAUAAAUUCUAUAUGAAAAACUAAAUGAUUAUAUGUAGAAGAAAUAAUCUUCUUCAAGGAAUAAGUUAGAAAUCGAAAAUAAUUAAGAGAAUAAAUUUACAAAAAACAUAUCUUUUAAUUAACUUAAUUAGAAAUCACUUCAAUAUUUAUCAAAUUAGACUUAAAGGCAAUUAUAAAAUAUUCAAAAUUAACCAGAAUAAUAAUAUUUUGGCGAUAAAAAUGAUGAGACACCAACAGAUUGCGGAUUUAACUAAAGUGAUAGCAACUUGAAAACUCAACAAUAUUUUAGUGAUCAAUAAAUGAAUUAAAAUAACAUGAUAAAUGUGGUUUCUUCGAAUGAAAAAUUUUUGCCAAUCAAGAUUUUAUAAUAGUUUCCUGAAAAUGGAUUUGACCAAGUUUAUAUAAGAAAUAUUUUGAUGCAAGAAAAUGUGAAUAAGUUAAUAUAAUCUAUUUAAGCAGGAAGCUGUAACUGUGUUGGUUUUUUAGGCGAUUUCAGAAUUGCUUUCAAAAUAUUAUCUUGUAUGGCUCCAAAUCUUAUCUAGGUUAAUCUUGAAAAUGAAAUUUUAGAUUAGUUUGAUUUAUUGGUUGCUUACACUGAUGGUAAUACUGUGUUUAUGAUUUAUUAAGAUAGCAAAUAUUUGUUGAAAGAAAAUUCUUUUGAGAAUAAUGAUAGAGCUUUGUACAUAAGAUAUAUUCUCGAUAUUUGCUAAGUAAUUGUCCUUUGCAUAAAUGAAGAAAGCGUGAUUAAUUGGAGCGAUGCUAAUCCGUUUCAAAAUAAUAUUUCAACAAAAAUUAAAUUCAUUGAAGAUAAACAGCUUGAUUUUGUUGUAAAAAAAAUAGAAACAGAAUUUUAUAAAUAACCAAAAAAAUCCCAAAUAGUUAAAUGCUCUCUGGAUUGUUAAGAAAUAAUUUAUACUUGGAGUGAAGAAGAUAGUUAACAAAUUUAUUAUAGAGAAUAUUAAAAAAAUAAAAAUAAAAUUGAGAAAAUAUUUGAAGAAAUAAAUUUUGAAAAUUACAAGACAAGCAAGCUUAACUUUUAUCAACAAUAAGAAUUAAAGUAAAUUAUGUAGCUCGUUUUUUAAUCCUUCAUAGGGAAUAAGGAAUAAAUAAUUAAAAUAGAAGAAAUAUUUAUCAAUUUGACAAAUCAAAUUUAAAAAUAUCAAACAUAAUGGCUUGAAACAAAUUUACUUGAAACUUCAAAUGUGAUUAAAUAAAACGACUUUGAAAUCUUAUUAAAAUCAUUUUUAGAUUAAAAAGAUUAAAUUUUAAACGCUAAUGAUAUAAUUUAAAAUACUUUAAUAGAAAUUAAUUAAAAAUUUAACGGUUAUUGCUUAGGAUGCAUUACAAAAAAAUGGAGUUGGUGCAAUUAAUGUGUUAGAUUACAGAUAAUAUUUUUAAAAAUAAUAUAAAAAUUUAAGUAAAACAUUGAUUUUAAGUAGACAAAAUAAAUUUCUUUUUUUUAAAUUGUUGAUGAAUAUAAAAAAAAUUAAAAGUUAUUCGUAAAAAAUUUGGAGAAUAAGUAAUAUGAAGAAUUUAUAAUUCAAUUUGAAGAAUCAUUUAACUAUUUUGUUAAAGAAAUCAAUAAAUUUAAAUAGAAAAUAUUCAUAAAGAAAAUCUAAGAGGAUAAUGUGACUCAAUUAUUAAAAGAAAAAAUUGUAGAACAUGCCAUUAACACAUUUGAAAAUUAGAUAAAUAAUAACUGGAUUUUAUUGAAAAAUAUUUAGUAAGAAUUUAAUACUUCAAAAGAGAAAGUUCUUUAGGUUUUAGAGUAACAACUUAAUGAAGAACAGAAAAAAAUAAUAAUAUUGAGACCGCUUAUUAACAAAUUUGUAUCCAAAAAAAAAAGAAAUAAUAUUCGAAUUAUAUAAAAUUUAUAUGAUAUUAAAUUACCUAAAGAAGCACAUUCAAUAUUAAAUUACUUUUGCUUUGAUUCAGAAAUUGAUUAUAUAGCUACCUGCAACUCUUAUUGCCCAAAAGAAGAUUAAAAACUCACUAUUUGGAAAGUCAGAAGGAAUUUUAAUGGCAACCAGUAAUAAAUUUUUGGAAAAGUAUUCACAAUGAAUAGCUCAGAUGUAUGCAUACAUAUAAACAGUAAAUCUAAAUAAUGGAUAGUUUUUGAUAAUAUCAACAAGAAUUAGGCUAUGGGAGAAAUUAAAUAAGAUUAUUCAUUUUCAUAGGAGAUGUCCUUUAGUAAUGUAUAUGCAUCUAAAAUUAAAGAAACAGGACAUAAUAUUAGAAGAGUGGAUAAUUGUUUUAUUCUUAAUGGAAUUGAUGAUAAAAUUUUUAUUUAUGAAAAAUAAAAAUAAUAAUAUUAUGCUGUUUCUCUUGACAGCGAUUCUAUUGAAAUUAAAGUCUUUCAGCUUUGUAAAUAAAUAAAUAAUGAAAUUGUUAACGUGGAAAAUCUUAAAAUAUACAAAGUGUUUAAUUGCCUUUCAGAUAAAGUGUACGUAUUUGAAACAGAAGACUCUUUAAAAAUUACAGAUUCAAAUUAUAGGACCAAAUUUGAAAUAAAUUUUGAUAGACUUCAAUAUUAGGACUUUAAAAUUAUUGACAAUUAAACAACAGUUAUGAUAAUAGUUAUUUAUUAAGGAUGUAACAUAGAUUCUUAUGUAAUUACUAAUGAGUUAGAUUAAUAAUAGAUUUUAGUUGAAAAAGGGUUUGAAUAAGAAGCAAUUGAAAAAAGAAUAGGAAAUCCUAUAAUCGAUAGUUUAGUAGAAUCUAUUAAAAAUUAUGGACAAAAUUUUACAGAAUUAGGAUGUCCUCAGUAAAAUAAUUUAUUUUGCUUUUAUGAAGAAGCAAAUCAAUCUUAAUAAUCUUCCAAUUUAAGUAAGAAAAUUAAUUAAUACUUAAAAGAAUGCUUUUAGGCAUUGCAAAUAAAUUAUUAAAUUACGUAUGAAGAAAAUUAAAACUCAAGCAAUAUAGUUUGUAUUGUAGAUUAAAUUUAAAAAUUUUUGGAAUAAUAUUCUUAGCCUAUUCCUAUUUAGCAUCUAAAGCUUUUGUUGCUUACAAGAAUACCCAUACAGAUAAGUACCAUAAAGUAAUCUAAUUACUAUCCUUUAAUUAACGGCUAACUUUGGGAUCAACUAUAAUUUCAAAGAUCUGAGUCGCUUUUGAAAUUAGAAGAUGUUAAAAAAUAAAUUAAUUUUGGAUGGUUUGAAGAAGUUCUUAGAAAUUUAAAAAAUGAGUCUCUUUAUGUUAUAAGUAUUUUUGGGAGAUAAUCGGUUGGAAAAAGCUCUUUACUUAAUAGGAUGUUUGGCACAAGAUUUGGAGUUUCUGUUUCAAGAUGUACAGAUGGAGUUUGGCUUGGAUACACCUCUUUAAAUGAUACCUAAAUUCUCGUUCUUGACUGUGAAGGUUUGUUUUCAGUUAGAAGAAGCAAAGCAGAUGAGCUGAAGUUACUUUAGUAAAUUACUUUAAUCAGUGAUUUCAGUAUUCUUUUAGCUGGUUUAGAAGCUAUUGAUAAACCUUUUUAAGAGCUGCUUAAUGAUCUUAUACUUUCCAACAAAAAUAAAAAAGGAGGAGAUAUUUAUUUCUAAGGUUCUUUGGAAAUAUUGGUGAAGGAUAUGAAUGGAUAAAAUGACAGUAGUAAAAUUUAGAAAGAGUUAACACCUAUUUAUAAUUUAAAAAUCGAUACAAAUAUUCAUUAUUUGUAUCCGUAUUAUCAUGAAGGAUUUAAUAACAACCUUAAAUUGAUAAGAAAUUAAAUUUUAUCAAAUUUAAAUAAAAAGUAAUAAAAAGCUGAAUAAACUCUUUCUAUUUUUAAGUAUUCUAUUGCACAAUUAUUUUUAGAUGAUGACACGGAUAUUGAAUUGCUUUACCAUAAACUUGAAAUUAAAGAUCUGACUAAUUAAUUUAAAUAAAUAUUUUUAGAUAUCAACAAGUUAAAAUUAGCUGAAAAUGAAUCUUAAAUAAAUUUUACCUACCAAGGAAAUAAAUCUGAAUAAUAGUAAAUUAAAUAAAUUGAUUAAUUUGACUUUGAUAUUGAAGAAGAAAAAGAAUAAAUGAAAGAUUAAAAACUGUAAGAUUUGACUUAAAUUCCUUUGUCUUUUGAUCAAACAAAGCUAAAAUUAGGCUAAGAUAGAUAACAAUCUAUAAUAUCCAUAAAUCGAAUUUUUUUGCAAAAAAUAUUUGACGAUUAAUUUAGUAGGCUAAAAAUGGUUGAUCAUAAUAAUUAUUACAAAUAAUUGUAAAAUUUUUUUAAUGAAGUUUUUUCAAAUAGAAAAUAAUUAGUUAUGAAUGCCUAUGAUGCAAAAUUAACCAAAUUAAGUAAACUCAAAGCUAUAUCUAAUGAAUUCAAAAAUGAAUUAGAUUAAUUUAUCUCAGAAUUGAAUGAAUAAUUCUAAAUUUGCUAAAAAAAUUGCAAAGAAUGUGAAAGGAGAUGUGUCAAAUAAAAUAACCACAUAAGCGAUUGUGAUUGCCAAACUUCUCAUACUUGCAUUUAUCUGUGCUAAGAAUGUACAAAUGAGAAUUAAGAUAACAAUAUAGUGAAUUAAGAUAACAAAAUAAUACACUAAGAUAAUAGCAUAGUACACAAAGAUAACAAUAUAAUAGACUAAGAUAAUAACAUAGUACACUAAGAUAAUAAUAAAAUAGACUAAGAUAACAAUAUAGUACACUAAGAUAACAACUACUUAAACCCUCAUCAAUGCUAGUUUUUAUUUGGACAUUUAGGUACACAUUUAUGCAGCACAAAAACUCAUUUCUGUGAUUAGACUUGCCAAAUUUCAUCAUGCCAGAACCAAUGUAAACUUAAAUAUAAUCACUCCCACUUAAUUGCACAUGAUUGCUAAUAAAAACACUAAUGCAAAUAUAAUUGCAAACUGCAUGAUAAAUGCAAAAAGACUUGUUAGUUAGAAGAUGGACAUAUGGAGGAAGAUCAUUUAUGUAAUUCAGAUAAGUGUUUUGAAAAAUGUGUUUUAUGUGAUAAAUAAUGCUCUUUUAAUAAGCAUGAUCAUGCUAAUUUGAUAUUAGAUCCUAUUAAAAAUAAGCAAUUGCUUACAUUAAAAUACAUAAAUGAAUAAAAUUAUGAAGUUGAAGUAAUUGUUGACGCUCAUUUAUGUGGAGAAUCUCAUUUGUGCUUGUAAUUAUGUCAAAAAGAAGGUAUUUGUAAUAUCAGCUAUCAGACAGAGUAAAAAUCAUGGGUUUCUCAAGAAUUAAAAAGAUUAUUUAGUUAUAAUUUUUAUAAACCUUAAAAUUAAUAAUAAAAAUGCUCUAUUGUUAUUCCAAAAUGGUAAAGAAUGCAUAGAGAAUUAAUUCACUAAUGCUCAUAAUAGCAUAGAUGUAAUCAAAAAUGCCCAGAAUGCUUAAGUUUUUGUAAAAAAGAUUAUAAUCAUGAAGGAAAGCAUUAAGCAGAUAUUCACAGAAAUAAAGAAUAGUGUGUUUUCUUAAAUAAAACUGAAGAUAAAAUAUCUAUAAACGAUCCAAUUAACUAAAGAAGUUAUAAAGCUGGAGAAUCAGCAGAACCAGAAAAUUGUUAUGAUUCCUGCUUAAGAUAAGGGAGAGCCCAUUUUCACUUAAGAGAAUGUUUAGGUGGUGAUUUAUGUGCUUAAAGCCUUUUCCCAUUUGAUGCGAGGCAUUCUAAAAGUUAAUUCUAUCCAUAUAUCAAUAAAUAAUAUGACGAAAUACUUUGCAAGAAGUAUUGGAAUUCAAUCGAUUGGGAAACUCCUCUUUUUAAUAAAUUAAAUUAAGAAUAUGAAACAGAGCUUUGCAAUUAUGCUUGCUCUCACAAAUAACACUUGUAGCAAAAUAAAAAAAUGAAUUUUUGCACUAAAAAAGCUUGGCACCAAGGAAUUCACAACAUUAAAAAAUCAAACUGUCAACAUUAGCUUAUUUAUGAUAAUAAAAUCCAGAUUUGUUUUACAGUAGAUACUACAAGCUCUAUGGGUUAAGUAUUUGGUCAAAUGAAAGCAUCAGUUGAAAAUAUUGUAAACUCUCUAAACAUCUAGGAUUUUGAUAUUAAAUUUGGGAUAGUGUGCUAUAGGGAUCAUCCAAACGAAGAAACUUCUUAUGGAGAAACUGGUCUAAAAAUUUUUUAGUUUGUUAAUCGAGCAGAUGUUUUAGAAGUUAUAAAAAAUUUAGAUGCUCGUGGAGGAGGAGAUAUACCAGAAAAUGUAAUUUGUGCACUUUACCAAAGUUGUAACUCAUUAAAAUGGAAUAAAUAAUCAUUAAAUAUAAUAAUUCACAUAGGAGAUGCCCCACCACAUGGAUUAGAAUAUGGAGUAAAUAGUAAUAAUUUAAAAUGGACUUUAUAUGGUUGUCCAUGUGGAAUUAAAAGGGUUGAUGUCUUUAAUUAGCUUAAAUCUAAAAAUAUAAAAUAUUUUAUGGUUAAAUGCUCAUCUGUAUUAAAUGAAACAGAAAAACUAUUUAAAAAAGAUUUUGGUGAAUUUUUUAGAAAAGCAGUAGAAAUUUCAAACUUUAACUAAAUUAAUGAGAAAAUAACAGAAUUUGUUAUCAAGGAAGUUCAAAGUAAUUUAGAGUUUUACCAUGUAUAACCUUACCCUGAUGGUAUCAAAUAGAAUUGA